AACUUUGCAAACUGUUUCUGUUUUUUAAAAAGCAUCUGAACAACCUUUUGUCAAAUGGAAAGUAGAGUCUAUUUUGCUUCACUACAAUAUACUAUUGUAAUGACAAAUGAUAGCUUUGAAUAUAAAAAUGGUCUUUGGUUUAUGAUGUUGGUCCAGCGUUUGUAUCAUGGAUACAGGUAUAUUCGGCCUUGAAAUCCUGAAGCUUGAACGUUGUGACCAUUCACCUUAAAGCUAUAUUUAAUUACAGUAAGACCAGACAUGCAUGACACUUUAUUAUGUUUGGUGUAUGGUGAUCAAUACAUGCUUAACAAUACCCUCGAUGGGGUUACAUUUGGUAUCUCAUUGGAGAAAUGUCAAUGGUGUCAGAAGUUACUGAAGCUAUUCUCUUACCCAAAGCAAACAUGAUCUAGCAUUCAGAGAUGUUUGAGGGCCCAACGCCUCCUCACUUGGCUCUGGUAACGGCCAGGAUUAAGUCUUUCUUCUCUUUUAUUUACAUCCCUCGUUUAUGCGACAAUAAUGAGUGAGGAGGCAGUUCAUCUGGACCUGUAAUUGGAACGCAAUCUCAGCAAUGCAUGUUGGCUCGUACAGAGGAACAUGUGCAGGAAAGAGAAGCCGAUAAGCUCUUGAACCUUGUGGCUUUUCCGCAAUCAUUGGAAACUAAUUCUAUGACUUUGAUGACUUUUUUUGCAUGUGGGCGGCAAAAUGUAGCAGUUUGAAAUCUCAUGUAGAGGAUGGCUUUCAAGGGGCCGGAAAAGGGAGGGGAGAACAUGGAAAAUGAGAGAAUGCAAGUAGUUGUCAGUGUUCAGUCAAUAUUUGUUUGAGGAACUUUAAUAGGAAUCAUGGUGUUGUGAUAGUGUUUGAUUGGGGAAUAUGGCCCAGAGGAGGUAUCAUCAUGUUAGGAAGAGCCCCAAGAAAGAGAAAAAACAGCCAGUGUAUGUGGAGCUUUACAUCUUGGAUGAGCAAGAGAGGGUACAGAAGAAAACCUUCACAAACUGGAUGAACUCUCACCUUGCCAAACAUGACCCACCACACAAGAUUGAUGAUCUCUUCCGUGACAUCCAAACAGGAACAGUACUAUUGGCACUCCUUGAGAUACUCUCAGGAGAAGCCCUGCCUUAUGAAAGAGGACGUCACAUGAGAAGAGUGCAUUGGAUGUCAAAUGUGAACACAGCUCUCAAGUUUCUUCAGGAUAAAAAGAUCAAGCUUGUGAACAUCAAUGCUGGUGAUAUUGUAGAUGGACGUCCACCGAUUUGUCUUGGUCUUAUCUGGACCAUAAUUCUCUACUUUCAGAUUGAAGCCAAUUCAAGUAUGCUGGAUGCCCUUGCUGAGUAUGAUUCAAGCAGUGUUGGUAGCUCAGCUGCCUCCAGUCCAGCCACCUCCAGACGAGGGUCCGAAUCGACCGAACCUCCUCCCAUGAAGAAGGCUUUCAGGGCGGCAUCCAAACUGAAAGAGAAAGUUACUGCCAAGAAAGCACUCCUCAAUUGGGCAAAGAAGGCUUCUAAAGCUCUAUCAGUACCUGGUGGCCCAACUGUGGAGAUCAAAGAUUUUGGACCUAGUUGGAGAGAUGGUAAUGCCUUCAACAUGCUGAUUCACAACAUCCAGCACGGUCUGAUUGACCUGCAGUCUCUUGGUGGUCAGACCAAUGUGGAAAGGUUGGAACAAGCCUUUGAUCUAGCAGAAGAGAGGCUGGGAAUCGCCAAACUCCUGGAUCCAAAUGAUGUUGAUGUUGAUAAGCCAGAUGAGAAGUCAAUCAUGACUUACGUCUCUCAAUUCUUCACUGCUUAUCCUGACACAGGGUCCUCUGCAAAGAAAAAGGAAACAGAGACAGAGGGUGAUGAAGAGAGGGCGGUUUGUAAACAACUCAACGAUUGCCUGAGUGUGGAGGAAGCUGUAUUAGCAACAAAACAACCUGCUACAUCGACAUCAUUGUCAGAAUAUCAGAGAUUUGUUGAGUUUGAGAAGGAACAUAAGAAGAGCAAUCAGAUGAUGAUGAAGCUAAUCGACAAGAAGAGGAAGAAAGUCUUUGUUACAAUGACCACCGAGGAAUGCGACGUCUUGAUCGAGAGAUGGACAAAGGUGGCAGGAGACUACGAGGAAUGGAGGAAGCGGCUGGAGAGUGACAUGCCUGGAGAACUGGGUCGGCUUGGAGCCUGGUUGAAUAGAGCAGAGGAGCUGUUAAAGAAGAGAGAGGUGGAGCCGCUGGAGUCACAGGAUGCUACCUGGAGCCAGAUGAAGAGGAGACUUGAGGAGCACAAGGACCACUUCAAAGAUGCCAACUCUGUUCAGCAAUCCUUUACUAGAAUCCACCUCCAAGGUAUCAAGGUGGAUGGCCAAGACAUCCCACAAUCUAUGCUUGAUUGUAUGGCUGAGAGGUUUAUUGUUGUCAUGGAAACAAAGGAUUCCCACAGAUGGCACCUUGAAUACGAGGAAAUUAAAUAUCGUCUGCUGGCAUUUGUUGUGAUGGCAGAGAAGAAACUUCAGACAUGGACUGUGAAAUACGGGGAUGCGCAAGAAGUGAAAAGAUUGCUGCAGAGUUAUGUGGAUUUUGUGGAUUCUGAGAACUUCUUUGAGCAGUAUGAUCAUACAUUUAAGUUACUGGAGGAAGCCACUGGAAUAUAUGUUGCUAAUUUAAAACAUGGUAAGGAUUCUGUCAAGGUGUGCUCAGAAAGCAUCAGUGUAUUUCCUGAGGAAAAAGAGGUUUGCAAGCGAUUUGUUGUUGAUAUGGAAUUGAAAAAGAAGAACUUGACAGUUGAAGUAGCAUCAGUCAAAACCAUGUUGGAGGAGGUCACUGAGAAUUGGAGGUCAUACAGGUCAGAGGUCAUUGACCUCCAACCUUGGUUAAAAGAAGCAGAGAGAAUUAUCAGCCAUGGAACUCAAGAUAAUAAAGUGGCAUUUUUUGCCAACCUAAAUGAGAUGACUCCAAAACACACUGCAUUGAAUUACCAUGGAAACUUCCUUGUGGAGACCUGCAAGCCAGACGUGUCACAAGAAGUUCAGCAACAACUCAAUCUACUCAACACUAAAUGGAACCAAGUAUACAGUCAAGGAAAGAUGUAUAUGCAAACUGCAGAAGGUGACAAGAUAAGGAAACAGUUUGACAGUGAGCUAUCCUCAGUGAGUUCAUGGCUUGAACUCUCUUCCCAGGCUUCUAAGAAGGUUGUACCUUGUACGCAGGAGGCAUUGCUCACCAAUCUGAGGCAAUUGGAUGAAGCAAUAGGCGAGGUUUCGGGUCAAGAACGUUCCUUCAAACACCUCUCUGAGCUAGCCCAAGAGAUGGUUAAAUCAUGUUCUCAACAACAAGCAACUCAAAUACUGGCUGCACUCAGGCAUGUCAAGGAAAAUCUCAAAGAUGUCAAGGAAUCAAUGCCUGAGAGGAAGAGAGUGAUUGUUGAGAUUCUGAAACUGAUGGGUGAGUUUGAAGAUGGAAUGGGAGCUAUACAAGAUUGGAUCCAAGAAGCAGAAAGACUUCUGAAUGAACCAACCAAACAUGUAUCAACUAUGAACAUCACACUGAAAAAGCACAAAGACCACUUUGCCAAGGCACCUCGUGUUCAGGUCAAACUGAAGGAGAAGGGUCACAUUGUAACAUACAUCAUCAACAUGAAAUGUACCUACAUUGAUACCACCAUCAUGGAGUCUCAUGUAUCAACCCUCAAUAUCAGAGUGGAGGACUGUCUAAGGAAGGAGGAAGUUUUUGAGAACCAGGUCUCAAUGGACAUGGAUAGCUGGUCCAGAUUUGAAGCUCAUGAGGUAGAGUUGAAGAACUGGCUGACAUCCGCUGAGAAACAACUGCAGGCUAUGUUUGAGGAUGCUGAACCCCAAGUGAUGACCAAGUAUUUAGAAGUCUGCCAGACUCUAUUCCAUGCUUUACCAGCUGAUAACAGGAAGGAGGUAGAGGCUAGGAUGAAUGUACUUCAAGAGAGAUUUCAGACUGUUCACAAGGAAGCCCAAAGGAGAGCAAAUGAAAUGCAGUUUGAAGAUGUUUGCAUUCAGCUCAAAGAUCAAUUUGAUGCUGCUGAGAAACAACUUGAUCUUGAGAGACAAGCAUUGAAAGCAGAUCAGCCUCCUCAGAAUGUUCUUCAGGAACAUCAGGAGUUCUUCCAAGACUCUCAUUUGUUGACAUCCCUCGCUGGUAAGAUGCAUGUCCUAGAUACCUUGCAAUCUCAGAUGGCUAGGAUGAACCCUCAACAGGCUGCACAGAUGGCCCAAGUCUUUGCUCAAAACCAACAGAGAUAUGAACAAGUACUAGAAGGAGCUGAAGGUCUAGAGAACAGACUAAGCCAAGCACCAAAGAGAUGGAGGCAGUAUGAAGAAGAUAUUGGGAGAGUCACAUCCUGCACCGAUGCCAUGAGAUAUACUUUGCAAGCUUUAGAAGAGGCUGAUACUGUAGACGAUACAGAACAAGCUGCAGCUAGUAUUCAGGACUUUCUUGAUGCCAGUCUCAUCUCCCAAGACAUUCUUCGCCAGCUUCAAGGUGAUUUAGCAGAUCUGAGUGAAGACAUCCCAAAAGAAAAGGCCCUGGAGCAGCGAAGAAGGUUGGAUACUGUCUCUUCUGAUCUCGUUGCCACAAAGGCUUCACUGGAGAAUGCUUCCAGUAAAGUGUCUUCAAAGAAGAUAUGGCUGGAGUACAGGGAUGACAGUCAAGUUCUUAGGAGUGAAUUGGAUGAUGUCAGCAAGCAAGUGAGAGAAACUAGAACCUGGUGUGAUGUCCCUUCAUUGGAAGAGUGUUGUAAGAAGCAGGAGGCUUUGGAGGACACAAUGAAGGGAUUAAAACCAAAAGUGGAAAAACAACUCCAGAAUGGUCAAUCACUUCAGAAAGAGCCAGACUGUCCAAGGUAUGUGAGUGAGCUGACCAUCACACUGGACAGAGAGUGGACUCAAACAAAUGAAGAAACUCAGCAGCAGUCACACAAACUCAAGGAAUGUUCUAUGUUGUUUCCCAAGUACGAGGAAGAGAAGAAGCAUUUUGAUGACAUGAUUCGUGACUGUGAAGCUGAGAUCUGUAAACCACUUCCUCCCCCAACUCCUGGCAAACAAAUUGUACAAGAAGAGGUCUCCUGCUGUCAGGAAAUCUCCACCUCUAAUGAGAGAUGUAAGACGAUUCUUACCAAGCUGGACCAACUUGCCCAGCAACUCGCCGUUGUAGCUCCUACACCUAUUUGUGAGACUAUUCAAAAGGACAUCAUCGACAGGCAGACCAAGUGUACAAAUAUCAAACAGGAGCUUGAUAGGAGACUAGCAAGCCUUAACAAGCUGUCAGAUGACUGGGAUAGUCUUGACUCCAGGAAAUCUGAGUUUGUAGAUUGGUUGGAGGCAUAUAGAAACAAACUUGAUGAAGUAGAGACAUCUCACCAGACCCCUGAUCAGAUAUACUCCACUGCUAAGGACCUAUUGGCUGAUAUAAGUGCCAAGUACCCAAGCUUUGAAGACCUUGAAAAGUGUCUUCAAGAGCUGAUCUCUCCUUACCCUCGCUCUGUGGCUGUUCUUGUCCUGGAGUCUGAUGUCACCAGUCUCCGUAGCCAAUGGGAAGAGCUCUCUGACAGGGCCAAGGCUCUUGAUCUUGCCCUGUCUGAGCAGGUGUCCAAGUGGAAUCUGUACCAAGGGUCUGUCCAGGAGCUGUCAGGGUGGCUGACUGAAGCAGAGAGGAGACUGAAGGCUGUCUCAGAGCAGCCCUGCGAUUCAGCUCAAGAUGUGCAGCAGUCCAAAGAUCAGGUUCAGAAUUUAAGAGAACAGUUCACUGAGAAGCAAGCCAUUAUGCUGACAAUCAGGGAAUACAGGCAAGAAUCUAGUGAUGAUGAUGAUGAGUUAGAAGACAGAUGGAACUUCCUGGAUGAUGCAAUCAGUAGGAGCCAUGUCCAGAUUGAGAAGCUAGGAUCCGUGUGGGAGGAGUACCAUGGUCUAUCUAAGGAGACAGGGACCUGGAUGGAGGAUAUCGGCAGGAGGUUGGAGAAAGAGAGUGCUGAGGUGGUUGGAAACACGGAACAACUCAAUGAAAGACAUCAUCUUUUACAGGACAUGAAAGAUGAGUGCCAAAGUCAGAAUGGCAAAAUAAACAAGGUCUUGACUUUGAAUCAAACCCUUAAUCAGUACUGUUCCCCUGUGGGCAAGGAGAGAUUGGGAACCGAAGCAAACCAUGUGUCCUCUGAGUAUAACAGACUGCUGGCAUUGCAGAGCACUGGUCUGUCACGACUAGAUGAAGUCCUGGCUCAGAGACAGAAGUUUAGAGACAGCAUUGGGGCUCUUGAAGAUGUGCUUCAUCAGCAGGAAGCAGUGAUAGAUGAGCAGAAAGAAUUGGGAAGAGACGAAUUGAAAAGCUGCCUUCCUGCAAUUGAGAAACAAGACUCUGUCCUUGCCGAAGCAUCUCAAGACUUGAAAUCCUUGGAGUCUGAGCUGGAACCCAUCUGCAAGCAUUGUGACUCUGGUGAAACUCUGACCUACUCCCACCAAGUGACUGGUCUAAACAAGAAACUGGAGAAGAUACAGGAGAUUGUCUCAAAGAGAAUCACCUACAUAGAGUUCUUCAUACAGUUUGAGGAGAUCCAGUAUCAGGUUCUUGGAAGAUUUCAAGAAGCUAAACCUGUUCUUGACAAGGAAGAUGCAACUGAUUCUGAACUUCUUCAGAAGCUUGAGCAUCUUGAAGCUGUAGAGCCGGUCCUAGAGGAGUGGAAGCAUAAGACUCAAGAUAUGGACCAACUUGCCAAAGACUCACAGCUCACUAUCAGACCUCCUGUGGGCCAAGACCCCCAGAAUCAGCCCAAACAGACAACCAAGACUCUUGCCAGUUUAGACCAUGGUCAGAUGGUGUCCACUCACUCACACCUGACCAAGGAACUUCGGUCAAGACUGGACAAGAUGGCCAAUAUACAGAGGAAGCUGGAAGAGUUUGAGGCAAAGCAGAAGAAUCUCCAACAGUGUCUAGGAGAUCUGGAGAAGACAAUGACCACAGUGAAAGAUGUUGGACAACUGAGUGAUCUUGCUCCGAUUGCUCAGAUUUUUGAGGAAUCUCAGACUGAGUUGGCCAGAAAUAAAACGGACCUCGAUCGAUUGACUAGAUUGGGAGUGGAACUCAUGGAAGAAGAUCCUAAACUUGUUCCAAUCAUUGAACCAAAGGUUGAUGGAUUGAGGGAGGACUGGAGCAAGAUGGAUGAAAAUGUUACCAUGGCAACCAAAUGUGCUCAUACUGCAAGGAAACUCUGGAAAGAUAUUGACCAAUCACAAACAAAGUUACGUUCGACUCUAGAAAAGGCACAAGAUGUGUGCCAAGAACCGAUCAAAUGUAGUAAUAAAGAAGAAACAGAAAAACUACUCAAAUCACAUGAGGCUGCCAUAUCAGAUGUUGAAACAGCCAAACACCCAGCAAGCUGUUACGCAGAAUCAGCCAAUCAGAUCAUGAAUCUCCUGCCAAGAAUCACGGCAACCUCAUCUCCAGCCAAACCUGCAAUGUUAGAACAGCCUCUGGAGUUACCAGGGAAACUGGAUGAGGUAUCAGCCUUACUGGAGGAGAGGUUGAUGAAGCUAAGAAGAGGGAGGGUGUUGUGGGAGUCAGUGAUGGAACGAGAGAAGGUACUCCAUUCAUGGUUGGGUGCUUCCAAGGUGAAUCUUGAUCAGAUAUCUGGUAACAUGGAUGACAGCGAGGGAGAUGAAGUCCAAAUCAAACUACAGCAGUUCAAGGAUGAAGCAGUGGAUCGUGAAAAUGAGCUUCAGCUUCUUGCUGCCAGCCUUGCUGAACUGAAGUCAUUCAACCCUGAUCAAACAAUCCCUGAAGUUGAAGAAACCUUCAAGAAAGUUGAAGCAGACUUUGUCCAAGCAAAGCAGACUGCUCUUGAAACCGAAAGCAACCUAAGUGAAUUCACAUCUCAAGUUGGUGCUCUGAAAGCAGAGCUAUCUGAGCUGUUGUCAUGGUUACAGGACCAAGAGACUGCUGUUAAAAGAUGCAAUGAUACCUCCCUGGAUGGGGAUCAACUUGUGUCUAAUUACAGACAGUGUCAGGAUAUCAAAACGGAAGUUGUUGGUAAAAGGGCAGUUAUUGAUGGAUUGUGUCAGCAGGUGAAUUCUUUAAAGGAGAGGUUCCCCAAAGCUAAUACAACAUCAAUAAUGAAGGUCCUUGAUUCAGUCAACAACCAGUAUCAGAUAUCAUUGGAAUCUUGCACACAGGUUCUUGAGCGAAUCUCAUCAGUACUUGAGGAAGAAAGUAUGAAAGCCAAUGCAUCACUAGCAUCUUGGUUAAAUUCAGCAGAGGCUAUUCUAAAACAAUCCUCAUCCACAGAGGGCACUCUGGAUGAUAUAAAGGAGAGACACAAUUCUGUCAAGGACCUACAAUCAAAGAUGCCAGAAGGUGAGAUCCUAUGGAAAGCAAUGAGAGAUAAAGGAUCUCAACUUGCUGAGAUCCUACCUGAUGAUCGGCUGACCACUCACAAUGAAACCAUAGCAGCCCUGGAUGACCGUUACAAGUCUCUGUCCAGUGAGUGUCCUGUCAAGGUGACGGACUUGCGUCAAUGUGUAGAGGUACUGGAACAGUAUGAGGACAAGUCCAGAGAGAUCACAGAUCAGUUGGCCCAAGUGGAAGAAAAGACUACGGAGUUAAUGAAACCUUGUGAGGAUACUCAGAAACAACUCACAGCAGUCGAGUCAUUGCUUGAAGCGCUGAAAGGAAGUCCCCUGGAUGAGCUUCAGGACAAGACUGAUGCUGUGUGUCAAGCUAUCGAGACAUCCUCCACUCCAUUGCAGACUCAACAAAUCAAUCAACAUCAUCAAAAUCUGCUCAAGAAUCUAGAGGAACUUCGGCUCCAACUUGAAGGCAGUGUGGAUGCUGAGAAGCAGCUACAUUGUAAUCUAGAAGAUGUAAGACAAAAACUCGACAAGUCUAAAGAGUUAAUUGGCACCUCUGUGGAUCCUACUGGAGAUAGGAAUGUAUGUGAAGAUAAAUUGCAAGCUAUAAAGUCAUUGGAAGAUGAAAAUAAAUUGUGCCAGGAGAAGCUGAUCAAAGCACAGACCAUCCUCCCCAGUUUCUUGCCCUUUUCUACCCCUGCCGCCCAAGAUACCAUCAAUGGCCAACUCUCUACCUUACAGAUGGAGGUAGACAAUCUCUCAGAACAGCUGACUCAAGGCAGACAUGAUGUGUUGAAGAGCAUAUAUGAUUGGUCAGACUAUGAGGCCUGUCAUGCUAGAGUUAGCCAAUGGUUGGAUGGGAUAGACAAGGCAGUGGAUGAAGCAGCUGAACUAAGAAACACCUUGCCAGAAAAAGCUGAACACCUUGAAAAUUCAAAGAUGCUACAGGAUCGUAUAAACUCUGAAGCAGCCAUUUUACAAGAGCUGACAGAGAAGGCGAAGGCUGUGUCAUCCGCAAAUACUCCUGAUGUGGAAGAACAAGUCGAGAGUCAACUUGCCCAAAUAGAUAACAGGUAUCUUGCAGCAGUGGACAGAUUGAAGGACAUCAUUGGGAACCAAGAGAAAGCCUGCAAAGAUCAUGCUCACUUUGAUUCAGAAGUAAAUGACUUAGAAAGUCUGAUUGAUGAUAUCAGUGAGAGUCUAGUAGAUAUCAAGAAGUGUGCAUCUGACAUGGACAACCUUGAAAUAGCAGUGCAGAAAGUUAAGGCCCUUGAAUCCCAAAUCCCUGUUGGUCAAUCCUUGCUUCAUGCUAUUGAUGAAGGAGCCCAGGAUACACUAGCCUCCACCACAGCCCCCGGUGAACAGGCAAUAAAGGACAAAGUCAUAGCAGCAAGGGACAGUUGGAACCAGACUCUCACCCAAUUGACUGGUGAGGAGUCUAGGCUAUCAGAGAGGCUGACAGGCUGGAAUGAGUUCAGUGGGAUAAUGGGUGAACUGGAGGAGUGGGUGAGAAAAGCUGAGAAAGCCUUGGGAGAGAUUCAACAACCUCAGGAUGACUUGGAGGGAAAAUCUCAAGUCCUCGACCAGUGUAAGGUCUUAAAAACUGAAUUUCUCCAGCGUGAACCUGAGGCAAGAGUUCUGCAGGAGAAAGCACGUCGGCUCAGCAACGAAGCACAGCUCGCCAGUGCUAAUGAACUGAAUACCAAAUUCUUUCAACUCCAAAAUCAGACAAACAAUGCUGAAGAAACCUGUCAGAAAGCUGUUAUGGACCACAAAAAUUACCAGGAGUCUUUCACGGAAGCUUCUUGUUGGCAGGAUUCUCUGGAAUCACAGGUUAAGGAAGCUUCAAUGAUAUCAGGUCGUAAACCAGACCUGGAGCAGAAGCUAGUGACACUGGAUAAUAUGGAGAAGGAGAUCACAGAGAUGGGAAAAAUGCUGGAGUCUACUAACCAGAAGGCUCAAAUGGUCAAGCAGUCUACAUCUCUCAAUGGUCAAUCACAACUUGAUAAAGACAUCUCUCAACUGAAGCACACCUUAUCUUCGGUGAACAGUGGAAUCUCUGAUUCACAACAAGCAUUGAAGGUGGUACUGGACCAAUGGAACAAACUUGAUAAAGACUGUAAGGAGCUCCGUGAUUGGUUGAAAGUUAUGGAUGAUACCAUUCAGAAAGCGGGGGAGCUUCAGUCAACAGCUGCAGAAAAGAAAACCAUUGCUGAGGAAAUAAGUGCUGUCUGUGAAUCAAUAAGCGGUCAUCAGCCAAUGGUGGAAUCUGUUGGUCAACAGAGUGAAUUUCUAAUGAACAGUGGGGCUAGUGACCCAGAGGUUAAAGUUCAGGUCACUGAGUUGACCAAUAUGUACACUGACCUUCACAAAAAAGCACAGGAUGCAAAGCAUAACCUGGAGAGGAUAGCUGAUGACCAUUCUAAACUUGAUGAUGAGCUAGCAGCACUGUCAUCCUGGAUCCAGGACAAGACUAAAGAGAUGGAACCUUGCUGUAAAGUAGCAUCUGAUAUGGAGACUAACCAAGCCAGAUUGGAUAUGGUCAAGGCCAUCUUGGCAUCUCUACCAGAAGGUGAGACCCUCUUAGAUCAAGUCACGUCCCACUCAGACCAGGUCCUCCCAGAGACCAGUACUAGACCAGGCCAGGAACGCAUCACCAGACAGGUCCAGUCCCUGGAACAUGAGCUGGAUGCACUGAGGAUGCUUGCCCAGGAUUCCUGCUCCAACCUAGAGCAGUGUGCCUCCCUCUGGAGAACAUUCCAAGAGAAAGCAAGGUUCUUGUCAUCCUGGAUGGAGGGAGUUAAGAAGGAUCUAGGGAGCAUGGAAGGAGAAUGUGAUGACCUGCUGGAGAAGAAGGAAAAGCUAAAGAAAGUGAAGGAACUGAUUGUUGAUACUGAGGACAAGCAGCCUUUAAGAGAAGAAGUGACAUCAUUAGGUCAAGGUCUUGUGACCUUUAACCCUAAUGUAGCUCACAUGAGCAGUGAGGCCACAAAGUUAGCCGUACAGUACCAGACUCUUCAUAUGACACUCAAAGAACUGGACCAUCACCUUGAGAGGGCAGUUGAGGAUGAGAACAAGUAUCAGUUAGCCAGUAAAGAAUGCAAGGAAUGGCAGAAUGCUGCAAGUCAAAAGUUAGAUACUUGUGAUGACCUCACAGGAAGUAAAACAGAUAUAAAAAACAGACUGCAGGUCGUACAGGAAUUGAUGUCAAGCAGACAUCGUGGUCAGAGCCUUGUGCAUGCAAUGGUCAGCAAGGCAGAGAAAGCUCAACAGCACACAGCUCCUAACGGUCAAGACGUGAUGAAGGCAGAGGUGGAUGAAAUGACCAUGGACUAUGAUGACCUGGCCCACGUGAAAGAUUGGGAGAAUUUUGAAGGUGGAAAAGACAAGCUGUCUCGAUGGUUAGAUGAGGCUUGUUCACAGCUAUCAGAUGCUCAACAACCCAAAGCAACCCUGACAGAAAAGAAAGCCCAACUAGAUAGAUGCAAGUGUAUUCUACAAGAUAUUGACAGACAUCGGGAUGACCUUUCAAAGGUCACUGAGCAUGCUCAAAAGCUUGGAGAGGAGAGUCCUGACAAUGAAUCGGUCACAGGACCUCUUGCUGAGCUGGUAGAGAAAUUUGAAAAGCUUGAGAAAGAUUGUCAGGAUUGUGCAUGCAAACAGUCAGAUAUGGUUGGAGAACACCAAUCAUUCCAGCAAACCCAGCAAGCUUACACUCAGCAGAUAAGAGAUCUGAAACAUCAGCUAUCCACCAAGGCCGAUACGUCAGGCAACAUGGACGCCAUACAAAACAAGAUCAUCACUUUCAAGGACCUCCAAACUGAAAAGGCAGCUUGCUCUGAGAUGCUGGAAACCCUCUCUGCCCUUGGGGAGAAGGUGAAGGAAUCCACCUCACCGCCAGGACAGGACACCAUCAAACAGCAGCUGGAGAAGUUCAGCGAAGACCUUGGUGCCCUGGACAGUAGCAUGCAAACAUCCAGUGAGAGGCUGCAGGAGUGUGCAGACAGGUGGCAAGCCUAUGAGGCCAGGAAAGCCGAGGCUGAGUCAGGUAUCCAACAAGCUAGGGAAGGAUAUCAGCAAGGAGCUCAACCUCAGAAAGACCUGCCGGCUAAGCAAGAUCAGCUGAAAAAGUUCAAGGCUGUGCAUGACGAGCUUGCUGACCAAAGAGAGAGUAUUGAAACAGUUUCCACUGCUGCCCAAGCCUUACUCGACAGUAGCAUGGGGAAUGUUGGGGUAGUGAGUGAAGCUACAAGAAUCACAUCAGAAUAUCAGAUGAUUUUACUCAAAACUAAGGAUGCUGUGAAGGCAAGUGAGCAUAUGACAAGAGAACAUGAGCAGUACUUAGAUGCCCAAGGCACCUUCUCUGAUUGGCUGGAUGGACAGAAGUUCAACGAUAGUCUGAUUGGUGACAAAGACUCUCUUACAGAGAGGUCCACUCAACUCAAGGAGCUUCAGAAAUGUGAGAGUAUUGGAGCUUUGAGGCUGGGUUCAUUGCAAGAGAAAGCUGAGAAGGCCAGUCACAAUACUACUCCCGAAGGACAGGUCCUGAUCAGAGCCAGUCUUGAUACAGCCAGAACACAACUUGAAGAGUACCAAGACUCCCUCAAUAAGGCUCUCCAGGAUUUUCAGGCAUGUUUGGCACUAUGGGACCAAGCUGAGAGAGAUUAUGGAGAUAUGUGUAGUUGGUUAAAGGAUAUGGAAGAACAGACUGAUAACCUUCCUCUUUUGAGCACAGCCAAUGAAAAGCAACAACAAGUCGACCAUUGUAGGAGGAUUGAGGGUACAGUGAAUGAGAAGAAGCCAGCUAUAUCACAUCUGAAGAAGAAGCUGAGGUCGUUGGUGGACCAGACUGAAUAUAGUCCAUUCAAUGAUCAGAUCCAACAUAUUACGGAGACCUAUGAAAACCUACAACAGAGAUGCCAUGUAAGAAUGUUAUGA